AUGGCCCUCAAAGACGCCACCCUGCCAACCGGAGGAGGCAAAACCGGCAAAGACCCCGUCGCAGUCCCCAAAGACACCACAAUCAGUAGGUUCCUCCUCUGCUCUGCCUUCUACCCCUGCUUACAUGGCCAAAACAAAGUCUACUCUCUGGGCGGUCUCCAGCGUCGCAAGGACAUUUACGGCGAAGACGCGCUCGAGUUCCGACCUGAGAGGUGGGAGGGAGCCAGCGUCAAUCGCUGGCACUUUAUCCCGUACAACCAGUGA